CGAGGGCACACCAAGGAUGCCAACAACUGCAACGCUACCGCAAUUUGCGAGAAUUGUUUUCAGACCGAGUUGAACAUGUGGAACUGAAUGGAUGCAUCUCCUGGAAGACUGACUCUUUUGACUGGAAAGUGUUCAUGUUGAAGGAAAUAGCGUCUCCUAAUCAAGGACUGCUUGGGACAAUAUAUUAUGUUUGGUUGGCAAGGCGGGCAAGACAAUUUUAAUCAGUGGCCAACAGUGGGUGAACGUAUAUACAUUGAGAGAAGGGUUAAGUGGAAGUGCGUUUGGAUUUAUCAUGUUGAACGUGUUGACCGAUGUUGAAGUUGUGCAGUGAAAGUUACAUGGUUAUUGUUUGUUAAUAUUGGUUGUGUGCGUGUAGCGGAGUGUUGUAUUUAUUCCAGGCUGUUGAAGAAUACAGUAUUGCUCUUAUAUUCAUAGUUGACGAAAAUGUCAGCGAAUUUUUUAUUUUUCAUCUCAUUUGGAAUGAUAUUGCUAGAAAGGACGUCCAGGUAUUUUUUUGUUUCGUGUUUGACAGAAGACCAGGCCAAUUUGGGGUCUCUCGUUUUCGUCAGCGCUUUGUAUCGCCAUGGAGAUAGAACUCCAGUUACCUCAUACCCAACUGAUCCAUAUAAUAACGUCAGCUAUUGGCCUGUUGGCUGGGGCCAGCUAACAAAUAUUGGCAAGUGUCAGCAUUAUGAAUUGGGUCAGUGGCUACGCCAGAGGUACAGCAAAUUGAUUCCUGAAGCAUAUUCCCCUGAAGAUAUUUAUGUUCGUUCUACAGACGUUGACAGGACACUUAUGAGUGCUGCUAGUAAUCUGGCAGGGUUGUAUCCUCCAGAGGGUGAUCAGAAAUGGAAUAGGAAUAUAGACUGGCAGCCAAUACCAAUCCACACAGUUCCAGAAAAAAUGGAUGAGAUUCUUGCUGGGAAACGUCCAUGUGCACAAUAUGAAGCUGAACUUUUACGGGUGAAGACUUCUCCUGAAGUGAGACGCUACAAUGAAGAGCAUGCCGACUUGUACAGAUACACAAGUGAGCAGUCAGGAAACAAGAUACAUGAUGCAGAGAGUCUAGAGUUCCUCUACAAUACACUCUUUAUAGAGGAGCUGUACAACUUUACCUUACCCAACUGGACAAAGAAAGUUUUCCCAGAACAGAUGAUGUCUGUGGCAUCAUACAGCUUCACAAUACCAGCUAAAACUAAGUUAUUACAAAGGCUGAAGAUCGGUCCCUUGGUGGGACAAGUAAUAAGUCACAUGAUGCAAAAACGAGAAGGUAUCAUGAAGCCUGAUUACAAGUUGACUGUGUAUUCAGCUCAUGACACUACAGUUGCAAAUUUUCUUAUGGCUUUGGGUGUAUUUGAUCCACAAAGCCCACCAUAUACAUCUUUGGUGCUUGUUGAACUCUGGAAAAAUGAUCACGAAGAGUUUCAAGUUAGGGUCUUGUAUCGUAACUCAACAAAAUUUAGGCCCUACAAUCUUGCUAUCCCAGGCUGUGCUGCUGUUUGUCCCCUGGAGAAGUUUGCUGAUCUCCUGAAGCCAGUUAUUCCCGUCAACUGGGAGAAAGAAUGCAAGAUGGGUAUUUUCUCUGAUGAUUUUGCCUUCAAUUCACUUGCUAUUUUAGCUCUGAUGGUGAACUGUAUUUUGGCUGUGUUGCUCGUGUUUUCUGUGGUUUUUGGAAUUGCAUACUGGAGGAAACAGAAGGUAUCCUCAGGUUACUGCUAUCACCAGCUUCGGCAGGAUAUCGAUUAGUGCAGUUUGUUGCUGUCUUGUCUUUCAUCCGGACAGAUUGCCAGACAUGAAUUUUGUGUGAGAUGAAAACUUUACAGGAUAUGAGUCAAUUUAGUUAAGGUAUUGUGGUGUUGAGCCUAAAAUUUAUACUUACUGCUGAAGUAUUUAGGUGAAGUAUAUAAAUGUAAUACAAAAUAUUCCAAAAAAUAUAUACUUUAUAUUCUGAACAUAAAUUGUGUCAUUGUAGAUGGUGCAUCAAAAUCGGUGUUCACUCCUCAGGAAAUGGAAUGCAUGGACUCUUCCCUUUUCAGUCAAAAUAAAAUAUCGCCAUUCCACUAUGGUAUUAAAUUAAUUCUCUGCAUUUUUUUAAGGUUUCCAAAUGUUUCAGCUGUUCCAAGGCUCCAGGUUGACUGACUUGUUCCAUUACUACACAAAAUCUGCUUGCUGUAUCUUCUACAGGGAAGUCAAGCCCAGACCUGAAACUUGGCCAUGUCAAAAAUGUUUUCUGGACUCUGAAAUAUUGCAACAGUAUUAACUUUGAAGAAAGCAGUCUUCUGAGAUGUGGCACCGUGUAGAUGUGGUGUUAACUGACGUUUCAGAGGAACGUAUCACCUCCAUCUUCAGGCUAGAAGGAAAAAUAAAAUGUUUCCAACAACAGUCCAGUCUGCUUGCACCGGUUCUUACUGUCUCUUUGCUUGUGAAUUUUUUUAUUUUUCCUUCUACCCUGUAGAUGGAGGCGAUACGUUCCUCCAAAACGUUGGUUAACACAUCUACA